GCAUUCACACGAAUUCGGUUCCUGCACGCGCUCCUCUUUCAAAAAGGCCCCAGAAAACAAACACCAAAACGACCCCCGAUUUUCCUCUCCCAUUUGACGAUACGACAACCCUUCUUAUUACUUCACCACCCCUCUCAUCUCCACCUCUCUCUAGCAUCCUCCCUCGUCUCAUGCAAAGGAAAAUAAAAUUAGGGUUUGGCAUUUGUUACUUCUACUCCUACCAGUGUCACUCCCUCAAAGAUUAAAUAAUGGAAUCACCAGCUUGGUUGCCGCAACGAGAAGUAAAGCCGCCGCCAACUGCCACAGAAUCAGGAGUUGCAGCAGCUACCCCUCCACCGGAGAAUUCAGCUGGUAAUAAUGCACACAGUAGCUAUUCAUCUCCGGCUCCGACAUUUACUUACAACGUGACUCCUAAUAUGUCUUCCGGUGCGGCUUUGAAUUCUAAUCCACCGGGACAGCCCGUUCCUGUUCCUGGCCCGGCUUCAUCCGUUGGUCUUUCCUUUUCAUAUAAAAUUCCUCAAACCGGGCCUGGUUUUCCUGGCAAUCAACAGUUACAAUCCAGUGUUGACAAAUCACCUGCAAUUGCCCAAGGCAGUGCACCAUCAGUGGCACCAAUUGCAUCUCAGUCUGUUUCAUUUCCCCUUCAUUCUCCUUCAAGUUCUCACACAUCUUUAUCUUCUAACCUGGGUCCGACACCUUCACAGACACCAGCUACUGCUUCUUUUUACUUGCCCCCUGGAUUGCCCAGAACUCCUGGCACACUUGCCCCCCAAGGACUGGUACCAUCUGCACCAAUGACCCAGCCAUCUGUAGCUGCUGAUUCUUUACCUCUAGGAGUUCAGAGACCCAUCAUGCCUACGAUGCCCUCUUCAAACGCAGUUCAGCAGCAAACUUACCCAACCUACCCAUCUUUACCUGUCAUGGCUGCUUCCCCACAGGCUCUCUGGAUGCAUCCCCCACCCAUAGGAGGCAUGCCUAGGCAACCAUUUUUGUCAUAUCCUGCUGCUUUUCCUGGAUCCUUUCCUCCACCUGGACAUGGCAUGCCAUAUCCUUCUGUUUCGUUGCCUGAUUCUCAACCUCCUGGGGUUGUUCCUGUUGGACAUUCAUAUGCUAUUUCCAUGUCUUCUUCUGCUUCAGUUCAUCAGUUACCUGGUGCUCCAGGGAUGCAGACAGAAUUACCUCCUCCUGGAAUUGAUAACCACAACCAUCUCCAUCACAGUGGCACCAGGGACAAUGCAGCUGUUAGCGAACCAUCACAUGCGUGGACUGCACACAAGACUGACACAGGAGUGUUUUACUAUUAUAAUGCUGUAACUGGAGUAUCAACUUAUGAGAAACCACCUGGGUUUAAGGAGCCUGAGAAGGUUCCUGUGCAACCAACUCCAGUUUCAAUGGAAAAUUUGGCCGGCACAGAUUGGGUGUUGAUCACAACAAAUGAUGGCAAAAAAUAUUACUACAACAACAAAACUAAGUUAAGCAGCUGGCAGAUUCCUAGUGAGGUGACAGAAUUGAGAAAGAACCAGGAAGCUGAAGUAUCAAAAGGAAAUGCAAUGUCAGUGUCACAAGUUAAUGCUUUGACUGAAAAAGGAUCUGCUCCAAUUAGUUUGAGUGCCCCUGCUGCUAAUACUGGUGGUCGUGAUGCCACGGCUCUUAGAGUUUUAAGUGUGCCGGGAGCCUCAUCUGCUCUGGAUUUGAUAAAAAAAAAGCUGCAAGAAUUCGGAGCUCCAGCCAUUUCUGCUGCUGUUUCAGUUUCAUCAGGAGCAGCAGCAUCAGAAUCAAAUGGCUCAAGAGUAGUUGAAGCUGCAGCUAAGGGCUUGCCAAGUGAGAUUAGCAAAGAUAAGCUGAAGGAUGCUAAUGGGGAUGGUAAUAUAUCUGAUUCCUCUACGGACUCUGAGGAUGAAGAUGACGGGCCAUCAAAGGAGGAGUGCAUUAUCCAGUUUAAGGAGAUGCUUAAGGAACGUGGAGUGGCACCAUUCUCAAAAUGGGAGAAGGAGCUGCCGAAAUUAGUGUUUGAUCCACGUUUUAAGGCUAUUCCAAGCCAUUCUGCAAGAAGAUCUUUGUUUGAACACUAUGUUAAAACGCGUGCUGAGGAGAAACGCAAGGAAAAGCGAGCAGCUCAGAAGGCUGCAGUGGAGGGAUUCAAGCAGUUGCUGGAGGAAGCAUCAGAGGACAUUGAUCACAACACUGAUUAUCAAACUUUCAGAAAGAAAUGGGGCAAUGAUCCAAGGUUCGAAGCCUUGGACCGCAAAGAUCGAGAGCAUUUAUUAAAUGAAAGGAUUCAUCUUUUGAAGAAGGCAGCACAGGAAAAGGCUCAAGCUGAACGUGCUUAUGCUGCUGACAGUUUCAAGUCUAUGCUUCGAGAUAAAGGAAACAUAACUGUUAGUUCACGUUGGUCCAGGGUCAAGGAUGGUCUAAGGAAUGACCCCAGAUACAAAUCUGUAAAGCAUGAGGAUAGAGAGGUUUUCUUCAACGAGUAUCUGUAUGAAUUAAAAGCUGCAGAGGAAGCAGAGCGAGAUGCAAGAGGCAAAACAGAGGAGCAGCUCCUUUCCAACUCAGUUCAGGACAAGCUGAAGGAGAGGGAGCGAGAGUUGCGAAAACGGAAGGAACGAGAAGAACAAGAAAUGGAAAGGGUGCGUGUGAAAGUUCGGAGGAAAGAAGCAGUUGCAUCUUUUCAAGCUUUGCUUGUGGAAACACUCAAGGACCCUCAGGCAUCUUGGACUGAGUCGAAACCAAAGUUGGAUAAGGAUCCACAAAGACGUGCAACACAUCCUGAUUUAGAUCCAUCUGAUACAGAGAAGCUCUUCCGGGAGCACAUGAAGAUGCUGCAUGAGCGAUGUACAAAUGAUUUCAAAGCUUUGUUAGCUGAAGUUAUAACUGCUGAAACAGCAGCCCAGAAGACAGAAGAUGGGAAAACAGUCCUUGAUUCAUGGUCAACAGCUAAACGACUUAUAAAGCCUGAUCCUAGGUAUAACAAGAUGCCUCGAAAAGAGAGGGAAACUUUGUGGCGUCGAUAUGCCGAGGAGAUGUUGAGAAAGCAAAAGUUUGAACCAGAUCCGAAGGAAGAUAAGCACACAGAUUCAAAAAAUAGAAGCGCUAAUGAUUCUGGAAGAUACCACUCAGGAUCGAGGAGAACAAAUGACCGAAGAUAACUUACUGAAUUUUGGAUAACUCAUUUUAUUUUUUGGUUAGGAACUAGGCUCGUGGUAGAAUUUACUGGUUGCUACUUUGCUAGUUAUGUUGGUCUCCCCGCUUUCUCCUAUUCUGUUAAGAGGUCAGGUUAUAAUAUACUUCUUUUGUGAGUGCUGUAUCAUAUUCGAGUAUAACUGAAACUUUUUUUCAUUCAAGGAAAAGCAUCGCAGCACCAUUUUCUUA